CCUAAUGACUCAUGUCUCUGCCAUCUUUUUUAUACACAUUCUAUUUCUUCCUUCUCUCUUUCUUUUUUCCUUCCUCUCUCUGUCUGUCUGAUAUUAUUUAAUCAUAAUGACCUCCAUCUCACCCGAUUCCCUCCCCCGCUUCACCUCCAUCGUCUCGACGGCCUUCUCCUCUGCGGCCUUUAUCACUGCCAAUCUUUCCGAGUGUCUUUCCAUCCCACCAUCACAAAUCACCCUCGCCCAUCUUCGUGAAUAUCUUGCUCCUGUGAUCGUCCGAUCAGCAGAGGACGGUGCUCUUCUUUUUCAGGCUGGGGACUGGUCUGCUGUCUCAUUAUGGCAGAGACACUCCACAACACCAACACCAACAACAACUAAACUUAACCCCCUUCGAGAAGAGUACAAAAGGAAGAUCGCAGCAGUAAAGAACAAAUAUCUACCGCCCACACCCUCAUUCUAUUAUUAUCUCGACUUUCUCGCCCGAAACCCAGACGCACCACGUACCCCGGGCGCCGUGUCCGCAGUGAUCGAAGCCGGGUUGGAGCGGGCAAGACGAGAAGACUGUCCUGCCUGGCUAGAAGCAGUAGAUCAGCAUGUCGUCAAGAUAUACGAGCAUUUCGGCUUCCGGCUUGUCGAGGAGGUGGUUGUCGGGGCUGGACGGUUUGAUGCGCGGGGGGGGUUAGAAGACGGGGGGUGUGGUGUUUCUUUGUAUGCGAUGAUAUGGUUGCCUUAGC